AUGCUAUCAGAUUUCCAUACAAAGGUUGUUGAGAGAAUAACCUCCCAUGUCGGAGUUCCUUUGUGUCCACAAAGAGACCUCGUCUUGAUUACAGGAGGUUCAAAAGGGGUGGGUAUGGAACUUGCCCAACUUUUCGACACAUUGCACUAUAAAGUUGUUAUCCUUGAUAGAAGAUACCCGGAAGACUUGAGAAGCUGUAAGAAUGUGUCGUUUUAUAAAUGUGAUGUAUCAGAUUUCGAAUUUACCAAUGUGAUAUUAGACGACAUACGGCUAAAGUUUGGGAUAGUUAGUAUUUACGUGAAUGCUGUGGGGCUUAAAGUUAUUACAGAUAAGGAUAUAAGAGGCGAAUUUCAUAUGACAAGUUUAAUGAAGAGUGUCUAUGUUGGAAACCUUAAUAUACUUCAAUCUAUUGUUCCGAAUAUGAUAAGGCAGAAACGAGGAUACAUAGUAGAUAUUGCAUCUACAGAAGGGGUAUUUACUACCAGUGGUAAUGGGUUCUACGGCUGCCUACAAGCAACUAAGUUCCAGUUACAUCAAGGUCUUGUAGAGGAUUUAAGUAAACAAUUUGUCGUGUCCAAGUACUUCGGAAACGGUUCCGUCCGCUGUUUGUUGAUGGUUUCUAGCAAGCCUCUUAAUGUGACUGCCAAACAUGAUAUUCAGCAUGCUCGAUACAUUUCCAAUGCGAUGUUUCAUAAUAGGCAAGGUAUAACUGGUGCCUCAGUUGUUUCAAACUUAAAGCUAUCUUUCAGGGAUGUUGACUGGCAUUGGUACCAGCUUUUGAAACAUCUCUUGCCCAAAGUGAAAUAG